GUCAACAUGCUGACGGUGCUGGACCACCAGUACGACAUGCAGGAGAGUAUUGAUCAGGUGCAAAUCAGUACCGACCUGGGCAACGUCACGGAAGCCCUGCAGUCUGAGCGCGCCGAGAUCGCUUUCUUCCUCUUCACCAACGGCUCUGUGAUCCGACGGAACCUCUCUGAGCACUUCCACUACACCAACAUGCUGAUCGAUGACCUCAAAUGGCCGCAUUUCCGCAUCGAUGACGAGCUGUUCCAAAACAAGAUCCUCUUCAGAAUUCGACUAGACGACUUCCGCAACAAGAUCGCUAAGUUCGACUUCGACGAGAAGUACUCGAUAGAAGCUGGUAUAGAGUUUUAUAACAAAGCCAAUUAUAUAUUUUUAGACCAGCUUACUCGGGAGAUAAAAGGAGAAGGACGCCAGCGGGGUCAUCUGGGCAUCAGCAUGGUGUUCGGCGAGCAGUACUACGGGCGCGGCGAGCUGGACCAGAGCAGCUACAUCGAGUUUGUCACCAACGACGCGCUCGGGCAGGACUUCCUGAAUCAGUCGCAGAACUUCGCCUAUUGGAUCAAGGAUAGGUACGUGACAGUGCAAGACUCGUACCCGUGGUACUCGAAUAUCACAAGACGAAGGCUCGAGAUUCUGAUGAGAAAGAAAAUCGAACCUGACUUUGACAAGGCCACCGAGUACUUCUAUGCGAUGCUGGGCUACCUGGAUGCCCUAAAAAACAUACAGUAUGAACUAAGGGAUCGCGUGGAGAAGCUGAUCAUGAACGAGAUGCGGGACUCCAACAGCCAAGUGUUUCUGGGAAUCGCCGUGCUGUGCAUUGUGCUACUCAUCUCACCCAUCAUCAUCCUGUUGGUCCGGAUGGUGACCCGCACACUCCAGGCAUUUUCAGAAACAUUGUUGCAUAAAACACACGAACUUAAGUUCGAGAAGAAAAGGACCGACAAGCUGCUGUACCAGAUGCUGCCGCCGACGGUGGCACAGCAGCUGAAGCAAGGAAAACAGGUGUCGGCCGAAACCUACGAGUCGGUCACCAUCUACUUUUCUGACAUCGUGGGCUUCACAGAUCUGGCUUCUGAGAGUACUCUC